CGCCGUAUUGUGAAUCCAGUUUGGUGACAGCGCAUCCGCUUCCUCCUCCUCAUUCUCCUCCUCCUCCUCCGUCUAGCCUCCAUUCCGUAUAGCUGUCAGCCACUGGACGCUGCGUUGUCUUCUCCCCGCGCCACAUAACGACACUCAACCCCACGAAAACCUGAUCAUGGCCUCCGUCGAGCAGAAGCUGCUGACCACGGUGAGCAGCACCCCUGAGCCUCCCAGGAACAAGGUGACCGUGGUGGGAGUGGGCCAGGUGGGCAUGGCCUGUGCCAUGAGCAUUAUCCUGCGGGACCUGUGUGAUGAGCUGGCUCUGGUGGACGUGAUGGAGGACCGCCUCAAAGGAGAGAUGAUGGACCUGCAGCAUGGCAGCCUGUUUCUCAAGUGCCCCAAGAUCGUAGCAGACAAAGACUAUGCAGUGACAGCCAACUCCCGCCUGGUGGUGGUGACGGCCGGGGUCCGUCAGCAGGAGGGCGAGAGCCGACUCAACCUGGUGCAGAGGAAUGUCAACGUCUUCAAGUGCAUCAUUCCCCAGAUUGUCAAGUACAGCCCCAACUGCACCCUGAUCGUGGUCUCCAACCCUGUUGACGUGCUGACCUACGUCACCUGGAAGCUCAGUGGUCUGCCCAAGCACCGUGUCAUCGGCAGCGGCACCAACCUGGACUCCGCUCGCUUCCGCCAAAUGAUGGCUGAGCGCUUCGGCAUCCACGCCAGCUCAUUCGGAGGGUUUGUGCUGGGCGAGCACGGAGACACCAGCGUGCCCAUAUGGAGUGGCACCAACGUGGCGGGAAUGAACCUGCAGAAGCUAAACCCAGAGAUCGGCACUGACGCUGACAAGGAGAAGUGGAAGGGUGUGCACAAGGCUGUGGUGGACAGUGCCUACGAGGUGAUCAAGCUGAAGGGCUACACUAACUGGGCCAUCGGCCUGAGCGUCGCCGACCUGACUGAGAGCAUCGUCAAGAACCUGAGCCGGGUCCACCCAGUCUCCACCAUGGUCAAGGGCAUGUACGGCAUCGGUAACGAGGUCUUCCUGUCUCUGCCCUGCGUGCUCAACGGCGGUGGCGUCAGCAGUGUGAUCAACCUAAGCCUGAUGGAUGAUGAAGUGGCCCAGCUGAAGAAGAGCGCUGACACGCUGUGGGGCAUUCAGAAGGACCUCAAGGACCUGUGAGGCUGCGGAGGCUCAGGUCCACCUUGUCUGUAGCUCAGUUUAAAACAGAAGCAGCCGUUUUAUACAAACUGAUUUGUAUAAAGUCUUGUCAAACCACAUUUGUUGUAACCAAGAGAAAUUUUAAUGUUUCUGUAGUUUGAACCAGGACUAAAUGACCCUUAAAAAAGAGUGUUGUCUGUUUUUCCACCUCUCAACCUUCUGUUAUGGCGGAAAAUUCCCAUAAAGAGGCAGAUGGGA